AAAGCAAAUUACAAAUCUAUGAAAACGUCAUAAAUACUUGGGCAAUAUCAGACGGAACAUUCAGAAUCAGUGCGAAAUUUUCCUCAGAUCGAUGUUUAGUUAGUGAUCCGCGACGGUAUAGAGUAUAUCGCGUGUGGUGUGCGGAGUGCGAAGCGAGAGUCGACAAGUGAAUUGCAAAAUCCAGUCAUGAAAAUCAAACCAAAUUCGGAGCUCGCAAAAGUCCUUCCCUACUUUACAUGUGGCAAAAUCAUCAAGGGAUUUGGCCGCGGAUCCCGCGAGCUGGGAAUCCCCACAGAUGACGUGCAUCAGCAAUCGAUUAAUCGAGGUUUUUGUCACCGUGGAUUAUUCUCUUGUUCCAGCCAACUUCCCAGAGGACGUGGUGAAAUCACUUCCCGAGGCUGUAAAUCGGGGUAUCUACUUUGGCUGGGCAUCUGUCGAUAAUGGGCCUGUUUACAAAAUGGUCAUGAGUAUCGGAUGGAACCCGUACUACGACAACACAGAGAAAAGCAUGGAGACACACAUCAUGCACAACUUCAAUCGUGAUCUCUACGGUAGCGUACUUAAAGUUUGUAUUGCGGGGUACCUGAGAGCGGAGAUGAACUUCAACUCAUUGGAUGCAUUGAUUGAAGCAAUACAAAAUGAUAUAAAGCAAGCGUCAGAGCAGUUGGACAAAAGCGAGUACAAACAAUAUUCAGAUCAUCCGUUUUUUCAAAAUCAGGAGUAGAUCUACGAUUCAAGAGUAUCUCAAUUAAAAUGUAGUUAAUUUUCUUCUUUUUGAUAUAAGUAUUUGGUUCCCUUUUGACACCAUUUAUUUGUUUUUAUAAAUGUGUACAAAGAUAAGACUAUAUAUUAUUUAAACUUCCACGGAAUGUAAAUAGUGAUACGGACAAGUAAAAAUGGAACAUACGGGAUAAAUAAAAAUUGAAAAUUAUUUAAUGUUA